AUGCAAGUACACAACCGAGAAAGCCGGCCUAGUACGAUCGAAGCUGCUCAUCCGUUACACGACUCCGCUGAAUGUUUCGCGUAUCUCUAUUCUCCACCGCAGAAUAACAAUGAUUUCUCAGCAGGUAUCAGCGGCGGCUUGUUGUGGUUGAUAGGAUUUGGACCAGCAGAGUCCCUUGUUGAAGAAAAAAAAAUGCGCUUGGCCACUCUAGUCGCGGCGCUCGCUGCUGUUGCUGAUGUCGCCACGGCGAUUCAAACGGCCAGCCAAACGGCUCUUCCGACGAGGCGUCCCGAGGACAUGGAUGUGAAUGUUACACUCCCUCAUGUGCCUAGCAGCAAGUCUGCAGAGAUUUGGGACGAUUUUAAACAUGAGGCGACCUGCAAAGGCUGCCAGGUAAAACACCCCUCGUCCCUCGUACUACUCAGCAUGCUGGCGUUGCUAAAAGCGCUCGCCAACUUUGGCGAAGACGUCUUUGUUACUGCCGCCCAGUCGAUUUGCAAGUUGAGCAAGGUUGAGGACGCCGACGUGUGCGAUGGCUUCAUGAACCUCGAGGGUCCUACUGUCCAGAGGCUCCUCAAGGAAAUCAGCAUCUACGGCCGCACUUCAAAGUUGCUUUGCGGUGCUAUGCUCGGUCUCUGUAACAUCCCCGCACCGAUUCCUCUGCAGUUCGCGCUGCCCCCCAAGAACGUGACUGCUCCGCGUCAGCGCGUCAGCGGGAUGACGCCGAUCAAGGUGGUGCACUUUUCGGACAUUCACGUAGACCAUCAUUAUGCUGUGGGAACAAACACGCAGUGCACCAAGCCAGUCUGCUGUCGCCCGUACACGACAUCUGAUGAGGUCGGCGAAACCCAAAAUCCUGCCGGCCCUUUUGGAGAUCACAACUGUGAUACCCCCGAGAGUCUCGAGAGGAGCAUGUACGAUGCCAUCAGGAAGGUCGUCCCGGAUGCUGCGUUUUCGAUCUUCACCGGAGACAUUGUUGAUCACCACAUCUGGAGCAGAAGCAAGAAAUCCAACAUUGACGAGAUUCAUGCUUCCAUGCAGGUCAUGGACAAGCAACUCAACAUUGUGUACGGCACCGUCGGCAACCACGAGAUGAGCCCUGCCAACCUAUUCCCGUCCAAGGCCUACAAGCGCGGGGGCAAAGAGGACAUCAAGUGGCUGUACGAGCUGGUCGCGGGCUACUGGCUCAAGUCGACGGGCCAGGGGACCCAAAAGGACAUUUCCACGAUUGGCGCGUACGCGGCCAAGAACCCCCGCGGCAAGCUGCGCAUCAUCUCCAUCAACACCAACAUGUACUACCGCAACAACUUUGAGCUGUUCCACGAGGUCAUGGAGCAGGACCCCAACGGGCAGUUUGAGUGGCUUGUAAGGCAGCUCCUGAGUGCCGAGAAGGAGGGCGACCGCGUCUACAUCAUCGGCCACAUGCCCAUGGGCGACAUCGAUGCGCUGCACGAUGGCUCCAACGCGUUUGAUGCCAUUGUCAACCGCUUCUCCGACACCAUUGCCGCCAUGUUCUUUGGUCACACCCACGUAGACCACUUCCAGCUGCACUACGCCAACUACACGGCGCGCAACUUUGACAGCGCGCGCGUCAUGUCCUACAUUGCGCCGGCCCUGACGCCCACCUCGGGCAUGCCCUCCUUCCGCGUCUACGACGUUGACCCCGUGACCUUUGCCGUCCUCGACGCCGUCACGUACAUUGCCGACAUGGACCACCCGACCUUCCAGACCGCCGGCCCCGUCUGGUCCAGGUACUACAGCGCCAAGGAGACGUACGGCGCGCUGCUCACCCCGCCGCUGACGGACCCCGCCGCCGAGCUCAGCCCGGCCUUUUGGCACAACGUCACCGAGGUCUUCGAGGCCGACGAGGACGCGUUCAACAAGUACAUGGUGCGCAAGAGCCGCGGCUGGAAGCCCCAGCAGUGCAGCGCCGCCUGCCGGGACGGCGAGAUUUGCAUGCUCCGCGGUGGCCGCGCCCAGGACAACUGCCACAAGAGCAAGCCGGACCUCCACUUGAGAAAGCGCGAUGGAAUGGGUCCCGCCGGAACGCACGACCACUGCGGCGCGUCGGGCAUCGCCAUGAUGCUCAGCAAGCUCGUCACCGAGAAGCGUGCUCUGGAGAGGAUUGAGGCGAUUGUUGACACGGAGGGCGCCAGGGUGCCCACACCAAUUUGGUUUCCUACCCCUCGUCCCAAAAAGCCCAAGUCCACGAAGUCGUAG